AUGGACGCUCUGAGGACUCUCGCCCUUCUUGUUCUCACUUGUCUCUCUCUCAAUGGUGUUUCCAGCAGUCAGACUCCAGACUGCUCAUACUUCAGUCUGCUGACUCACCUGCAGCUGACGCCUGCUAAUGAUGCUCUGAAGGUCAUGAGACCUGUGAAGAACUGGACCAGGCCCACCUACGUCGGGAUGGACAUGUUGGUAUUCGGGAUUUUACACGUGGAUGAAAAGUCUCAAACUGUUGAGAGCAGCAUCUGGACACAGAUGACUUGGGUGAAUGAAUUUCUGGCCUGGAAUUCUUCAAAGUUUUGUGGGAUUGAAAUGAUAAACAUUCCCAGAUCCCGACUGUGGGUCCCGGACAUCUACAUCCAAGAGGAUGCUUCAGACACUGGGAGCGUUUACUACAGCCCCUAUCUCACUCUGGUACACAAUGGUUUUGUUGUGGCCAACUUACGCCAGCGGCUGACCUCCACCUGUGAGCUCGACCUCCAGAUUUUCCCCUUCGACACUCAAAUAUACUCAGAAAUAACUCUGGGGACAUUCACCAAUGACUCUAUGCUUUAUAAAGCCUCUGAUCAGCUCAUGAUCACACGAGGAGAAUGGGAACUGGAUUAUAUUGAGACAAUGAGUGAUUCUGUCAUUAGGUACAAUUUGAAUCAAGCCAAGCUGAUAUACAAGAUAACUAUCUCCAGGAAGCCCAUGCUUUAUGUGGUCAACUUCAUCAUACCGCUAUUCUACCUGCUGGUCCUGGAUCUGGCCUCUUUCUUCAUCAGUGAGUCCAGAGGAGAGAAGCUGAGCUUCAAAGUGACCAUCCUGCUCUCCAUCUCCGUCCUGCUGCUCAUCCUGCAGGACAUGCUGCCGUCCACCGAGUCCAGGAUGCCGUUUAUCGCCAUUUACUGUGUCGCCGUCUUCGCUCUGGUCGGGAUCAGCGUCCUGGAGGCCAUGCUGGUGAGCUUCCUGUACGACCUGGAUAAUUACUGUGCCAAUAAGCCGCGAUGCUUUGCUGAAACCCAGGAGGAGAUAGAGUUGGAAGAAGGCUACCACAGAGAGUCUCCAGGAGUGGAAGAAGAUGCCCAGGAGAAGCAGGAUAAAGACCGUCUUCCUCUGGACGGCCCUGUCGGCCACAACCUGCUGAAAAAAAUCCUUGAAGAAGUGAAGACAGCUCGACAGGAAGUCAUGAGACAAAUGAGGGAGCCUCUAUAA